AUGCUGUGCUAUGUGACGAGGCCGGACGCAGUGCUGAUGGAGGUGGAGGUGGAGGCGAAAGCCAACGGCGAGGACUGCCUCAACCAGGUGUGCAGGAGAUUGGGAAUUAUAGAAGUUGAUUAUUUUGGACUGCAGUUUACGGGUAGCAAAGGUGAAAGUUUAUGGCUAAAUCUGAGAAACCGGAUCUCCCAGCAGAUGGAUGGGCUAGCCCCUUACCGGCUUAAACUGAGAGUCAAGUUCUUCGUGGAGCCUCAUCUCAUCUUACAGGAGCAGACUAGGCAUAUCUUUUUCUUGCAUAUCAAGGAAGCCCUCUUGGCAGGCCACCUCCAGUGUUCCCCAGAGCAGGCAGUGGAGCUCAGUGCCCUCCUGGCCCAGACCAAGUUUGGGGACUACAACCAGAACACAGCCAAGUACAGCUAUGAGGAGCUGUGUGCCAAGGAGCUCUCCAGUGCCACCUUGAACAGCAUUGUGGCAAAGCAUAAGGAGCUGGAGGGGACCAGCCAGGCUUCGGCCGAAUACCAAGUUUUGCAGAUUGUGUCGGCAAUGGACAACUACGGCAUUGAAUGGCAUUCUGUGAGGGACAGCGAGGGGCAGAAGCUCCUCAUCGGUGUUGGACCUGAAGGAAUCUCCAUUUGUAAAGAUGACUUCAGCCCAAUUAAUAGGAUCGCUUACCCCGUGGUGCAGAUGGCCACCCAGUCAGGGAAGAACGUGUACCUGACCGUCACCAAGGAGUCUGGGAACAGCAUCGUGCUCUUGUUCAAGAUGAUCAGCACCAGGGCGGCCAGUGGGCUCUACCGAGCCAUCACAGAGACACACGCGUUUUACAGGUGUGACACGGUGACCAGUGCUGUCAUGAUGCAGUACAGCCGAGACCUGAAGGGCCACCUGGCUUCUCUCUUUCUGAACGAAAACAUCAACCUGGGCAAGAAGUAUGUCUUCGAUAUUAAAAGAACCUCCAAGGAGGCAUAUGACCACGCCAGGCGAGCUCUGUAUAACGCGGGUGUGGUGGACCUCCUGCCCAGAAGCGACCCCAGCCCCCCGAGCUCUCCCCUGAAGUCCUCGGAGAGCAGCACCAGCUGCAGCAGCUGCGAGGGCCUCGGUUGCCAGCAGACCCGCGCCCUCCAGGAGAAGCUGCGCAGGCUCAAGGAGGCCAUGUUGUGCGUGCUGUGCUGCGAGGGCGAGAUCAACUCGGCCUUCUGCCCCUGCGGCCACACCGUGUGCUGCGAGAGCUGUGCCGCCCAGCUCCAGUCGUGUCCCGUCUGCAGAUCACGGGUGGACCACAUCCAGCAUGUCUACCUGCCAACGCACACCAGUCUUCUCAACCUGACUGUGAUCUGA